AUAUAUAGAUGGAUCAUUGACACGUGACCACUCUCCUUCUCCUUCUCCUUGCAGCACAUGCAACUCCCUGAGCUGCCAUGCAUGAACAUGGCGUCACCCUCCAUAGAUGCCAGCUUCAUCGUCCCCACUCUUGUACCCCUGAUUGAGCUCCACAGUACACUAUAUCUACGUGUGUACGCAUAAUAAUGGCGGCAUGUGCUCCAACAGUUGGAUUAGAUUAAUGGCGGCAUCCCCAAGUUCGAUCGGUCGGCUUGCGCAUUCAAUUCAAUUCCAUCCAUCCCUUCUGUAGCCGCUAGUUAAAUUGAUUGGUUGAUUGUUUGAUUGCCUCUACGGCUCUACGCGUACGUGAAGAUCCAUCGAGCUGUGUGUUCAGUAAUUCUUCAUUGAUGGAUCUUCCAUGGAUCGUCCGUCGCCCGCUGCUGGAGUCUAUAUACACACCACGCUCGCCAUGGCUCCCUCACUUCGCUUGCAGUAGUUGCAGAGGUGCAGCGGCCUGCAGGUAGAUAGACAACGGGCGCCAUGGAAGGAGGCGGUGGAGGGAGGUUGCUGCUCCGCGUUUUCAUCGUCUGCGCUGGGGUGCUGAUGGCGGCCGCGGCGACGGGCGGCGACGGCGCUACGUCGUCGGUCGUCGUCCUCGGCAUGGCCCAGUGCGCCGGCUGCGGGAGGAAGGGCAUGGGCGCCGAGGCGGCGUUUAAGGGCCUCAAGGUGGCCAUCACCUGCAAGAAGGGCAACGGCACCGGCGCCGGCGAGUACGAGAGCAAGGCCGUCGCCAGCCUCGACGGCACGGGCGCAUUCGCGGUGCCCCUCCCGGCCGGCGCCGGCGCGUCCAAGUGCCUCGUGCAGCUCCAGAGCGCGGCGAGCGGCGCGCCCUGCCCCGGGCAGGAGCCGUCGAGGAUCGUGCCGCUGCCGUCCGAGGGCGCGGCCGAGGGCACAUUCGUCGCCGUCGCCGGCAAGGCGACGCGAGGCCGGACGGCCGCGGCGCCCGAGUGCGCGUCAGCCAACAUCUGCUUCCCGUGCCGCGGGUUCGGCAGGAAGCCCUUCUUCGCGCACCGGCGCAUGAGGCCCUUGCCGGAGUACGGGACGCCGGUGUACGCCCCGCCCGUGUACGGGACGCCGGUGCCGGCGUGCCUGUGCACCCCUACCCCGGCCCCGGGGUGCCAGUGCCCUUCUCCCACGCCGGUCUACGGGACGCCCGUGCCGGAAUACUUCCCGCCUCCAGCCCCGGACUACGGAACGCCGACGCCGGUGUAUGAUCCACCGGUGUACGGGACGCCGACGCCGGUGUACGCUCCACCAGUGUACGGGACGCCGACGCCGGUAUAUGCUCCGCCCACGUCGCCCGUGUACGGGACGCCGACGCCGGACUGCCCUCCCGAGGCGCCGGAGUACGGGACGCCGACGCCGGUGUACGCUCCGCCAACGGCGCCCGUGUACGGGACGCCGAGAUGCCAGUGCACCCCUACGCCGGACCCGGGAUGCCAGUGCCCUUCCCCGACGCCGGUGUACGGGACUCCAUCGCCGAGAUGCCGGUGCACCCCGACCCCGGAGCCCGGAUGCCAGUGCCCCACUCCAGUCUACGUGGCGCCGCCAACGCCGAGAUGCCUGUGCACCCCGACUCCGGCGCCGGGAUGCCAGUGCCCAGCUCCCACCCCCACGCCGGUCUACGGGACGACGUACCCUCCUGCCGCUCCGGUGUACCCGCAGCCGGCGCCGGAAUACGGAGCGCCGCCGUCGCCAGAGUGCCCGACGGAGUACUGCGGCACGCCCAUCUACACUCCCCCGGGCCACCACUAGCUAGCUCAUUAAUGGUAGCUUUCCUGUCUGACUUGGUGGUACUCCGGUGAAUAAAAAGUUAUGAGACUGAUUAAUGGCAGCGAUCGAGCUGAGGGAUUAAUGCUUAUGUGUGUAGUACUUCGCAGAUCGUUUGCAUCUGGCAAUGGAAGCAGUGGCUGAAUGUUGAUGAUGUGACACUAGUGACUAGAUCAUGAUA